CUAUUAUCUAUCUAUCAUAAACUGAAUGAAAAUGUGGAAGGUGGAUUUAAUUUGAAGUGCAAGAACAGUUUAUUUUUGCAGAAUCUGACGAUUGUGAGCAAGAAGGCGAUUUAGAAAUAACUUUUAUGAACAAUUUUAUGCAUAGUUUUUUUGGAUUUGAAAAAAACAUCAGCCCGAUGCCUAACGUGAUUUGUUCUUUUGAUUAUUUUUUUAGCCGAAUACUACGACUACCAGGUUCAGCCACACGACUAUCAAUUUCAACCCUUUGACAAUCAGCCCAGUUAUUACAGCAGCCACAGCACUUAUAGCUAUCCAGAACAUCACAAAUCCUAUCAAAGGUCAUACAUGCCCGAUAAACUCAGUUACUACGGCAGCUACCAUUACUUUUUUCCAAGUGUCCUUGAGUACCCAGAACCCCACAAACCAUAUCCCCACAAACCCGAGCCGAAACACUGCCCGUCCUACAAUGAAGGCCAAAAACUUCUGCAAGUGUACCGUCUCAUUUGGGUGAUCGAGAUAUUCCGGACGCCACCCUCAAAGCAGAAGAAGAUGACCUCUCUGGACCAGCUGGUGGAACGAUUGACCAGCCAUUCACUUCAGGACCAGUUGGUUGAACUGGUUCAUCACGUCGAAGGAUAUGAGGAGGUUGUCUCAUUGGAUCGAGGACCACCGGGAAUAAAGCUGGAUAUGUUUGUCGACGACACGCAUAGACUGCUGCGGGCAAUCCAACGGGCACUGAAUGCGUUGGAUUUGGGUGACUAUUAUGGCGAACAUUACCAUCAUAAGCGCCAUGGAUGCUGCCAUCUGCAUCGAGAGCUCUGCGACGAGUUGCGUCAGCUACGGGAUCAAGCGAAUGCGUUGACCGUCGGCCAUAUCAAGAAGGAGAGGGUCGAAAACAUUAAGGCCAAGGUCAAACAAGCCUUCGAUACGGAUAUUCUGGAGGAUUUGGAUGAAGGACUGGAGAGCAGACUGCUGGAUUUGGAAAACGUAGAUGUUGACGUAGCGGACGUAUUUAACCGUUACGAACAGGCGCAGAAGUUCAGUAGCAGUAGUGGUAGUAGUUAUCCGUUUGACGAGUCCCAUCUGGAUCACCAAUUAGCGACAGCUUUGAACCUGUACCUACAACAGCAGCAACAUCUGGCUGAAGCUCAACAGGCAAAGGAAGAGCUAAUGCCAACUACGACUCGUAGACCUUAUACAACAGGUUACCCGAGGAUGAGUACCACGACUUACAGGACUUCUACGACUUACAGAACAACGACCCCGGCCUCAAAUCCCUACAAGGCAAAGGAAGGCAAGGACUCAUGGUUCGCUUCCCUGUUUGGAAAGGAAAUUGAUGCGCCGAAUCAUCAGACGAUUGACGUUAGUCGACCGGCGGAACUGAUCGAACCGGAAGCCGGUAAAGUGGUGGUUCACGAGGAUGCUGUGGGAAUGAGCUCUGUGGAUUCUUAUGGUUUGGCGAGAACCGACGAGAAGACGAGUUCUGAACCGCCAGCUACGGAUAAGGUCAACAGUAAAGGUAAUUCAAUACAGACUUUGAAGAAACAGGGUUAUAAACAGAUUUAUAAUUCAAUUUCAGAAAUAGAAGCUACCACAGAUGGAGCAGAUCGGCUCAGACAGCUUCCGGAAUAUGACCAUUACGAUGAAGGGGACGUGGUCGAAUACCCGAUGGAAGAUAUUUUUGAGGAAGAGAUACCAAUUGACGAAGAAGAAGUGCCUCUCAUUGACCCGCUCUAUGGGGAGGAGUCGCUUUCCGUGGAGGACAUGGCAAUGGUUCCAGGACUUCCAAUUGAAGAAGAAGAACGUCAUCCGGUUGAACCGCCAUCUGCAGAAGAAAUUGCAGACGAUGACGACGAGGAAACUCAAGGGCAUUCGAUUGAGGAUAAAGAGCCGUUAAAGUUUGUGGACGAGCUUCCAGAACAUAAACAGCCGGAUCAACAUAGUGUUCCACUUGUGCAUAGUUCAGCAGUUACUACUACGGAAGGAAUUUCGGAUUCUCAUUCAACUACGGCUGUACCGCAACCCGAUGCACGCAGUUUCGCCAAGGAAGAAACUAUCAAGGUUUUAAACCUGCUAGAGGAAGCCGAAGGAUUUACUGAACUGAGGAAACGUAUAUUUGACUCGGAUGUAGACCAACUCGUAGACGGCUUAAAGAACGUUGAAGCUGGUAUCAGGUGGAGCGAGAUGCUCAAUGCUCUGCAGAAGCUAGUGACAGAGAAGAAGCUGGACAGCGGAGAACGAAUUGUGGGCGUUUUGGAGCAAUGGAAGACCGGUGUAAGGGGACAACUAGACAACGGGUACUUCAACAGGACUUACGGAGAAGGUGUCAACGGUGAAGCUCACAAAGUGGGCGAUUAUGAUGAAGAUCCUCAGCUAUCCAGAGACUACGACACCGAAGAAUUUCACCCAGUAGACGCCAACCACCCCGACAUCGCAUAUCUCAUCCCCCACAUAAUCUAUCAGCUUCGCCUAGGGAACAUAUCCGAACAGGAACAACUUACGAUGGCGGCAAUCUUUGAAGAUCAAUGGCCCCUGAUAGUGGAAGAAGCCUUCCGGUCCGAGCAGGAAGAGUAA